GACAUCUGAUCUUUGCGAUCAAAUCCUUGAUUGUCUUCUUAACAUGGGACUCAGCUGCCCUCCAGCAAACACACAGAGCUCUUUGGCUGUUAUGAAAACUGCUACUUUACAGGGAGAUGGCAGCCCGGUGGGCCGUGCUGGGGCUGUUGGCUGCCUGCCUGGCCAGUGCUGCGAAGGAAUCGGUGCUGAACAUGUGCAUGGAUGCCAAGCACCACAAAAUCCAGCCAGGCCCGGAGGGGGCGCUGCAUGGCCAGUGUGCCCCGUGGAAAGACAAUGCCUGCUGCACGGCCGAGACCAGCACGGGGGCUCACCAGGCCCAGUCCUACCUGUACAGCUUCAACUGGGCCCACUGCGGGGUGAUGCCAGACAAGUGCAAGCGGCACUUCAUCCAGGACACGUGUCUGUACGAGUGCUCGCCCAACCUGGGGCCCUGGAUCCACCAGGCGGAUACCAGCUGGCGCCGGGAGAGGAUCCUCAACGUCCCGCUGUGUAAGGAGGACUGCGAGCAGUGGUGGGAGGACUGCAAGGAUGCCGUCACCUGCAAAGAGAACUGGCACAAGGGCUGGAACUGGACUUCAGGGACCAACCGGUGCCCCCGCGGCACCACAUGCCAGUCAUUCAAGUAUGUCUUCCCCCGGCCAGCAGACCUGUGUGAGAAGAUCUGGUCCAACUCGUACAAAUACACCCUGGAGCACCGGGGCAGCGGGCGCUGCAUCCAGAUGUGGUUCGACCCUGCCCAUGGGAAUCCCAAUGUGGCCGUGGCCAAGUACUACGCCCAGAACGGGAGAGAUGCCUCUCCUGCACCAUGGGCUGUCCUGCUGCUCCUGCCUCCUGCUCUCCUGUCCCUGCUCUGAGCAGCCAGGAGCCUCUGGCAGCCCACUGGCUUAUACAGGAAACAUUUCUGCUCAGGGUGUGUUUGCCCUGCUUUGGGCUCUAGCCAGCAGAGUCCAGAUUCUGUCUGGUUACUGCUAAUCCUGACAAGACACAAUGGAACCAGCUUAGUCCCCACCCAACCCCUCCCUUGUGAAUGUCCCUCUGACUUUGUCUCAAUGCUCCUCUCUUCCAGCAGGCUCUGUGGGGAGAUCCCUCUGGUUCCCUGGGGAUCUGAGCUCUGUAACAGGCAGUGACUCACUGGCUGGAUGUAUUUAUUCUGUUAGGUUCCAGGGCAGGUCCCCUUUAAUUAUGGUGCCCUCAGCUACCUACUUCCUUGUCUGAUCCCUUCCAUCCUGCACUCCCUAGAAAUGCAGGUGUCCCUUCCCCUGGCUUGCAGCUUAUGUAUGAGAAUCUGGUAAAAUAAA